AUGUGCACUGUCCAUGAGACGCCUCGUGCCUAUAACCGAACAGACGAUGCAGUUCAGCCAGAUUUGGUCCAGUCUCAUGGCCCUGCUCAGGCUGUGGACAACGCGACGCCGACAACUCCCAGUGCUGAACCAUCGUCAAAUACAGUUACUCCUCCUUCCCCUGUAUCCACACCUACACUAACUGACACGCGUGCUCAAAAACCAACCGAAAACGAGACGUCCUCCAACAUGCACAAAACAGAGUAUAAUGGCUCAUCUGACUCACCCAAACCCUCUACCACAGUUCAGUACCAUCAACCUAAUCCAACGACCCAAGAAUCCUUUUUCAAAUCCGUUAACAAGCGUUUGCAUAUGUUAGAGACGAACUCCUCACUCUCAUUACAGUAUAUUGAGGAACAGUCACGUAUCCUACGAGAUGCAUUUAACAAAGUAGAAAAGCGACAGCUAGCGAAGACCACCACCUUCCUCGAAAACUUAAACACAUCAGUGCUGCAAGAGCUCCGGGAAUUCCGCCACCAAUACGACCAGGUCUGGCACUCCGUUGCCGUUGAAUUUGAACAACAACGACUACAGUAUCGUCAGGAGGUCUUCGCUAUGAGCAGCCAGUUGGGAGUUCUGGCUGAUGAGCUCGUAUUUCAAAAACGCAUCUCAAUCAUCCAAAGUGUCUUCGUCCUCGUCUGCUUCGGCCUUGUCCUUUUCUCCAGUUCCCCGAUAGGCAGCUAUCUCGAACUCCCCCGUGUUCAUAACAUGGUCUCCCGUUCCCAGAGUUUCCGCUCCUCAACACAUUCCUUCGAAACACCCUCUGCGAGUCCUCUCUCGCGGCCCAACUCGCCCUACCAGGACAACAAGCGUGUCUCCAGCAGUCAUACACGCACCAACUCCAUGGAGUCCAGGGAAGACGACUUAACGGUAAAUCCAACCAUCUGUUACUCGCCACCAACUCCGACAUCUGACAGCGGCGGUCACGAAUUACGUCGACGACUCUCUGAGCAAACGAACUCCACGUCGAGCAGCGUUGUGGUAACGCCCCAGACUCGGUUCCUCAGGUCUGAAAGUAGUCCGCCAGACUUAUGUGAAUCUUGUGAAGGGUCUGACGCGGGUUCCUCGUCAGAAACUCCGCAGUUGUCCACUUGA